AACAAACAGUCGGUGUUACGCCGCAUGGAGCUGCUAAAAACUGUUCGUUCUUAAUGAGUUUAACUAAUUAAAAUAUGAUUAAGUUUAAAAGAUAACGGUGCUAAUAAAAGAUUUGUUUAUUAGUGAAUAACUUGAGAGCAAAUCCAAAUUAUGUUAAGAUUAUGUGUUGCUGAAGACAAUAUUCAAUGAAGAACAUGCAAACUCAUAGUCACUUGCUAAAAAAUAUUGAAAAUCGCGAUGGUAGUUAACGCAGCGGUGGCAAGAUCCAGAUAUUUCCCAUUGUUGAUUACGUUUUGUUUGAUCGUGAUUUUUGUUGCUCUACAUAAUAUCCAGACUGUGAAAAUUGAAAAUGUUGAACGUAUUAUGUUGGACGUGGGUAACAAAUUACCCGGAGCAUAUCUACGCGAUAUCAAAAUAAACACUUCCAACGAAAUUUUCUGCAAACUGAACUACGGAUUGCCCACACAGCUCAAGUAUACAAAAAAUGAUUUGGCAGGAAGUCCAGAGCUGGAUCAAGAUAGUCCUUUUCAGGUGUUGUAUGACGUGAUUGAAGGACAACCACGACAAAUUGAUCCAGGAGUUACGUAUGCUACACAUCUUACCAAGGAUUUCGUUAUGUAUUUGACUGAGGUGGUUAGGCAAUGGGAAGGUCCUAUAAGCGUAGCAGCUUACGUUUCGGAUGGUGAUCCUAAAGUUAUAUUGGACAGUAUACUUCACUUUUGCUAUUGUAUCCCAGAAAUGUACAAAAUAUCCUUACAUUUGGUGUUUAGGAAAGACUCGCAUCCAUCCUAUUUCUCCAUUGCGCUGCUACAGCCCCCCGAUACUUGUGAUAUCCAGAAUUUGUUAAAAACCAAUUCCGACUAUAAUAGUUUAAGCAAUAAUAGUGAUAAUAGCCAUAAGAAAGAUAUUAAAAAUUGGUAUCCAAUUAAUGUAUGCAGAAACGUUGCCAGGCAAUCAGCUUAUACGGAGUUCAUAUUAGUUUGCGAUGUCGAGCUCAUGCCCAGCGAAGGUUUAGCGAACCGCUUUAUACGUAUGCUGGAAAACCAAAGGUGCGUGGAACCGAAUUGCGACCGGCGUGUAUUCGUAGUUCCGGUUUUUGAGGUGGCUACUUCCGAAGACCCGCCCAAAACCAAAAAGGAGUUAGUGAGGUUGAUCAGUUUGAAUAAAGCUGUGUAUUUUCAUAAGUAUUCUUGCCCCCAUUGCCAGAAGUUUCCGGGACUGGAACAGUGGAAAACCAGUGAUCCCGGAGAAGUUAUAAAACCUCUACUAUCCGUUAAACGUGAAGUUCCUUACCACAGAUGGGAACCUGUUUAUAUUGGAACUAAAAACGAGCCUAUGUAUAACGAAAGAUUGUCUUGGGAAGGAUUUCAAGAUAAAAUGUUACAGAUGUUGGAAAUGUGCCUGGCAAACUACCAAUUGUUGAUACUAGAUGGAGCCUUUCUCGUACAUUGGCCGGGAAUUAAAAAAUCGAAAAGAAAAGACGAACCGUGGCGGGCGCCAUUUAUAAGAAGGAAUCAGGGAUAUUAUGAUAUUUUACUAAGAAAUAUUUCCGGUAAAUAUCCGCGUAAUCUUAGGUGUAGGAGCAAGAGGUGAUAUGUUUAAAAGGAAUAUUUUACAACAGUAUUACAAGUUUUAUUUACAAUAAAAUCAAAACACUUUAUAUUAUGUAGUAGCUUUUUACUAUUUACCUAAUACAUGCUACAGACGAUCCACUUAUUAUUUGUUCCUAUAUUAGUAUAAUAUAUUAAUAAAUAAAAUUGCUCAUUUUUAUAGGAAAUAAAUAUUUUAGGCUUA